AUGUGCACCCUUUCUGAGUCGCGCCAAGCGUGUCGUACAAGCGUCCUCACUUCAGUCCUUCAGAUGGAAGAGAUGGUUGACGCAGAAGCAGGGAAAGAGUCCAAUCUUGACCCGUCCUCCACUCUGGAAAUGGUUGAUAAGUGGGGACCCUCGGUUCGAACCAUCAUAGACCUGGCCAACGGACAUACGACUCCACUAUCCCUCGAAGGUCACGCGAAGACAGCCGCACGCAUCAUUUGCACAAACCCGAUCCCCACGCUAUCAUACCACGGGUCUAUCCCGAGCUCCCUCGUCUUCGUUCGCCCUUACCGCCAAUAUAAGGAGAACGACGAUAUCGAGUCGUCUGAUGCCUGUAAGUAUUUUAUCCCGACAACAUUCCCCGCCGAGCUAGUCGAGACAUCUCGCGCCAAGAUAUCGAACGACGCGUCCUUGGAGCUCUACGAGAAUAUCAGCAUGCACUCCCUAACGAAAAGCGCCGCUGGCUGGGCCCACGAAAUCCGCGUGCAUCACCACCUGUGCGGUGCUAAGGGGGCGCUCACCAUCUUCCGAGACGACCUCACGACGCAGAACAUGGUCCCAUCGUCUCAUCUUCUUGCCGGGACGGUCUCUGGUCUUAAGCAUUCAGGUGCCCUCGAGUCCUUCUACUGGAUCCCGUCAGUGAUCGACUUUCCCGGCAUUGACGGUGUUCUCGGCGAUAUCAAGGGGAACAUCUAUGCAGUUCAGGCGACAAUCGCAGGCGAGCACAAGAGUCCGGUCGAUGGACUUCGAAAGAUAUAG